AUGCCAACGUGGAGUUCAUUACCAGCAGAGCUUCGUUUAAUGAUCAUCCACCAUCUUAUGCAGACGAAACGCGGAUGGGCCAUCUGCGCCUCAGUUUGUAGAGAGUGGCAAUAUGAGAUCGAAAGAAAGAAUUUUCGCCAACUCAAACUUGGAACUUCAUGUGUAGAUGGCUUACAAAACAUAGUUCGAUCGCGGCAUUUAGUCAAACACAUCUGGUUGAAUAUCGAGCUACGGCGAUACUCAUGCAGAACCUGCCGACGGACUGAGGGCGAGAAAUGGCAAAAAGGCAACGCCCAGGUGGCCAGGGAGGCCAUUUUAAAGUUGUUUUCCAUCUUGCAUCAAUGGCAAGCCGGUAGUGAGCUGACACUGGAGCUGAGUGCCCAGUCACCUAGCGACAGGGAACACGCCUUCAAAAAUCUCUACUUCGGAGGAGAUAAUGAGAAUGGAUAUCCAAAUGUCCACUAUUCUGCGUCUGAGUCGGCCGAGAUCACUUCCGCUGACGUUCAGGACCCAAAGCAUGGUUGGAUCGAUGGCGUACAGGUUCAAGCUCCUGAAUCAGAGUCAAUAUCCCGGAUAUUUGAGCCAAUCUAUCCCAAAUUUACCGACGACCUACCAUCGGUACAUGCAGUCACUAAGUUUGUACUCCGUCGGCAUUGCCGUCGUCAAUUCGAGCUUGGAGCUCUAGAGCGUCUCCUAAACAGACUACCUUGCUUGGAAUCGCUGAUCUACGAGCCAUGGGAACGAUGGAAUGUGUGGAUACAGAAGCUGCACCUACCAAGUACGCUGAAAAGCGUAUCAUUGUUUGAAGAAACAAGCGAACCUUACGCCAAAAUUUUCGACGAGUCCUACCCAUCCUUCGGUUAUGGCAUGCCGCGCGUCGCAUCACGCGUGGUGAGCUCUGCCGUUGCAACUAGAAGCCUCAAUCUUGAACACCUCUCUGCCGCAUUCAUAGUUGAGGCCAGGGACUUUUUCAAAUCGUGUCAGCCAUCAUGGGUCUGGGAACACUUGCAGUCGUUGGUUCUCACAUCUGACACGCUUUCUCACAAAGCCAAACUCGAGGAUGUUUUUAAUCUCUUGCAGAAUGCUGCAAAAGCUGCGCUUUCCAUGCCAAGACUACACACGUUGACACUGUGGAGCACCGGCCAGAGACAGGCUUGUAAGUUCUCAUACCAGGUGAACCCCGCCUUAGUUACGUGGCGAGGAACAUGGGAUCUCAAGCUUGAUUCUCGCACGAUUCAGGAUUGGACGAAGGUGGCUCGCAAGCAAGGGCAGCAUGACCUUCAAGUCAAGAGAGAGCUUCUCUCGACGCACGUAAACUCUCAAGGCCAUGCAGUUGAGUUGUUAGACCUUCCCUGCGGGGUUGUUGAUCCUGAAUCCCUGUGGCAGAUGCGAAGAGAGAUGGUUUCUGGUUGGCAGGGCAGAUGA